AUGGCCCCAAACUGGGAUCCAGGGACCCCUCCCCUCCCAAACUGGGAUCCAGGGACCCCUCCCCACCCAAACUGGGAUCCAGGGACCCCUCCCCACCCAAACUGGCAUCCAGGGACCCCUCCCCACCCCCUUGCCCUCCCAGCUCUUCUUUCCCUGCAGCCAUGGCACACCACAGGCCAGACCCACACCGGAUCCACAAGGAACAUCCCGUGGGAAAGCAGCGCCAAGGCCGCGGAGCCGGCGGACGCCAGCGACGUCAUCCGCGGGCUGAUCCGGGAGCUCUCAGACCUCAACCGCCUGGCCAUGGGAGCGCGCCGAGGGCUGGAGCUGCUGCGGAGGCCGAGGGCACGGCGUGGCCGCAGGGCGGGCCCCGCUGGAAGCCGCUGGAAAGAGGGGUAGGGACGCCAGGAGCAAUUAAUAACAACAAUAAUUUAUUGUUGGAAACAACGGGAAUAAACCAAGCUUCAUCUGGAGGAUGGUUCCAGCACUCACUACCGGGGUGUUCACGUUGUUGUGGGUGAAUAAAUCCCACCAAAACCACCCAAACUCACCCCAAAUGCCAAGGAAUGGCUGUGGGGCUGGGAUAAAGAAUCCAGCACUUGGAGCAGCAGCCCCUUCCAGUCCCUUUCUGGCCUGGGAUUAACCAAAACUCCACAAUCCAACCCAAAACAUCUGGUAACAGCUCCAGCACCUGGAGCAACGGCCCCUUCCCGGUCUGAGAUUAACCAAAACUCAACAAUCCAACCCAAAACAUCUGGUAACCCCUGGAGCACCGAGCCCUUCUGGGAUUAACCAAAACUCAACAAUCCAACCCAAAACAUCUGGUAACCCCUGGAGCACCGAGCUCUUCUGGGAUUAACCAAAACUCAGAACUCAGAACUCAAACCCAACCCAAAACUCAGAACUGGCCCCCGCUGGCAGCACCCAGAUCUGGCUGAGCGACUCCUGCGGGUGCCACGGCGUCGGGAGGUGGCACAAACUGGGCAAACUGGUCCCAGUCGAGCUCCAAGACUGGUCCC